UAUUCGGGGCGUGCUAGAAGCGCAGAAAACCCCUAGCGACAGUAAUCCGUUGUUUUAAGCCGAGGCGGUUAUUUGAGUAGUAGUUAUUCCCCCUCACCAACCUCCCAAAGUGCUUUUCUCCUCCUUCUCGCUUUCCUAGUCGUGGUAUUUUACUUGCUUUUUCACUCCUAUUCAGAAUUGUCUAGCAUGAGCGGAUUUGGCCUCGACAGAACCACAGUUGGCCUGGCGGCACUUGGUCUGACAGGGUACUAUGCGGCAAAGCAGUAUAUCGAAGGCUGCAAGGUUGAGGUCGUCACCUCAGGCGAAAAGGCCUCUGCAGUGCUGCUGCAGUCGGAGUGCCCGUCGCUGACCGACCCCUCGAAGGCGUACAUGAUACCUACACCGUAUCUGUGCACCGGACUGCUGCAAACGUUUUAUGCGACAUUCAACAUCAAGCGGCGCGACUCGACCAGCGAUAUCACAUACGACCGUGAGCUGCUGGUCAUGGCUGACGGAGGAACCGUUUCUCUCGACUGGUACCCGAGUAGGGAGCCACGGGAAGGCGAGGAGAGGCUGCCAGUUGUGUUUACGCUUAGUGGCUGUCGCGCUUCCGCGUUGCAGUAUUCAACCACCGUGGCACAUCGACACACCCCAAUUACUGCACCGCGGCCCUAUGACUCUGGGUUCACAAGCGACCUUCGCUAUGCGAUAGACUAUGUGCGCGAAAAAAGCGACCCAGCAGUGAAGCUUGCUGCUGUCGGCUUCUCGAUGGGUUCCAACAUCCUGACAAAGUAUGUUGGUGAGCAAGGUGACAAAUGUCCCGCUAUCUCUGGCGCCGCUAUUACGGAGGACAAUUUCCUCAACAACAAGGUGUUCCAGCCGCAGGUACUUGGUACGCUUAAACGUGCCAUGAAGCGCGGUAGCCAUGUUGCGCUCAACCCAGAAUGGGGCAUUGAUAUUGACCGGAUCAUGAACUCGACCAAGCUGUGGGAGAUCGAGGAAGAGUACCUGGUAAAGGUCAAUGGGUACGAGUCAUUGGACGAGUACUACUCCAAGGCUAGCGCAGUCCAUUACGUCGACCGUAUCCGCAUACCGUAUCUAGCCAUAAACAGCCUUGACGACCGUAUCACUCCGCCUGUCGGAAUCCCCAUGGACAAGUUCAAGACCAACCCUAAUCUUGCACUGGCACUGGUCCCGCAUGGCGGCCACCUGGCGUUCCUUACAGGACUGGCAUCGCCAAGAGUCUGGUUUAUUGAUCCAAUCGCUGAGUUCCUGUCUGCGAUAACUCGCUCGUAAACACAGGAGGCUUCAUGUUGGAAAUUUUAAAGGGAAGUUUAAUAGACCUUCAUGUGCACAACCCCUGCCGAUUACGUGCAUUGUCCUGGGUUACGCUCUGCAGCAUUACAUCGAUGCGUGUUUUUUGGCGACUAGGUUCUCAGAGUACUUCCAGAGCCUGUCCUGCUCAGCCUCAUCCAAGGCCUUUGGGUGCGGGUUCGUUGCCUCGCAACGCGAAUAGUACUUGCCCGAAGCGCCCUCCACGUCUGGCGACAGUGCCAGGUAAAUCGAUGUCAGCGCCCCCGCCUGGGCAUCAAUCAGCACCAUGUUGAAGAUUGUGUCCAUGAUGGCACCAGUUCCCACAUGGCGUGUCAAGUUUGUCUUGAUCGAUCCCGGAUGCAGCGAGUUUACAGUGACGUU